UAACUAUCAAUUGAUCAACCUCAUCUCAUUUAAUUGAUUUAAACAAAAUAAUUGGCAGGUCAGGAAUGGAAUCCUAGUUAGAACUAGAGAGCGAUAUAAACAUAGUAAACUGCUGCUUUUCUUUCGAAUUAGCAGCAGACUUGCAACGGAACUAAAAACAUGAAAGAACUGCAUCUCUGGAUGAUUUCAUGAAAUCCAUCAAGUCAUAGUUUGCUUAAUAGAGCCAGAUAAUGUAAAUAUUUCCAGUGAAAAUGCCGAAGAAUCGUUUAAAAAUUAAAUACUGGAAACACUGUAUAGCUAGAAAACCAAUGCAACGAGAGUUGUUUCGUUGCUUAGCAAAGAGCAAGCUAUCUUGUCGAAGGAAUCGAACAAUGGGGUAAACCCCAACAUAGCAUCGUAAUUUGCAGCACAUUCAUGUCAACUGGCAAACGUGAAUACCUACUUACAAGAUGCUUAAUGGGUCACGCAUGAGUUUUUCUUUGUGUCCAUACACUGCACAGACAACGUGACUCACUGGCAAUGCACAUUGUCAAUGUAGCGACAUAGCAGGACUCUUGACAGAUAUUCUAUUGAGGUUGCCAUACUCAACCUUUUCUGAAGAGAUUGCGGUAAAAUUAAGGAGGUAAGUGCGAAAUGAAUUAUUCUGCUGGGGAUCCUAACAUUGCAAAAAACGACUUGCAGUAUCUCAACACGAUAGCUUCUUAGACCACGUAUAAAGCUCGCUUUAAAAAUAAAUUUUUAGUGAAAGUAAAUUUUCUCGUAACAUAAUUCUUUACUAGCAAAUUAUAAACAAAAAAAUAAACGUAGUGUAUGUUUCUUAAACAACAAAGCUUUUUUCAUGGAAGGUGUGAUAUAAGAAGCUUAAAUUAAAUGUAUAGUCAACAUCAACUGGCGCUCGGCGUUGACAUACGGAGCGUCCUGAAGAUAUGCCCAAAAAGCACAGUGCCGCAAGUGUUCCGACUGGUUGGAAAAAAAUCGCUAUUUCGAUCAAAAUCCUCCCAAACCUAUGAAAAACAGAUCCUUGCUAUAAGUGCAAAUUACUGACGGCAGUUCAUAAAUUUUUAGGGCAUUCUGUAUAUAAGAUCGUCAUACUGAAUGCUUCACCAUCUGGCCCGCUCUAUACAAGGAUCGAUUUACAAGAUGUUAUGAUAUCGAAUUUGUAACAGGAUGCCAAAAUAUGUCAUUUCGUAACAUCUCUUUUUGGUUACCUAAUCCACCUAUGCAUGUGUAAGUAAUUAGUCGUGGCCUGCUCGCUACAAGGCAACGUGACGGCGCUUUCCACGUGCACGUUGUGCGUAAAAGGACGCUAUAGUGGCGCCCUGGUGCGGUUGUGGGUCUUGUGCAAUGUGGCAGGGUUUCCACGAGGACAAGCACUUGACUGUAACUGCAGGGUGAAGCAGCUAAGCCAAAGUAUCCUAAAGACACUUGUCUCUGCCGUGGAUAAACGUUUCGUUGGCUACAUAUAGCUGUACGUAUAAAACAGACUCGACAAAGAAAGGUGAUUGUGGAGGUCCGCUAAUUGAUAAAUGUUUGUAUUGCAUAUUCGAUUAACUGGUGUAAUGUGACGAAUGUGGUAACAAAACCCUUCAGCAAGAUUUCUUAUGGAGUAAAGAUGACUAAUUCUCCACGGAUUCAUAUCGACGGUGGCCGUUUAGGCUACACUCAUCUGCGGUCAUACGACUGCGCAUUCACUCGAAGACCUGUGAGCGCGCUAUCUACUUACUAAGCCAAUUAAGAUGUCAAACCAGCCCGACGACGAGUUGGCACGGCUUAAUUAUGCUGAACUGAACAGGGAUAAUGAUGCCCGCAUUGCGGAACUUCAGAACACCAUUAUGGCAAUAACCGGGUACGCGAAGAAGAUCGAAGAACAAAAUAUAGAGAUGUCUGAACAGCUAAGGAAAACCGAGGAAUGCAACGAACAGCUUCAAUGGAAGCUCAGCGAACACGAGCUGUUCUUUCAAACACAGAUGAACUUGCAAGGACAGCUCUACCAUGCACGCGUAAAUCGUGAGAAAGCCGAAACCCUUACAAGAUGCCUACGGUCGGAACUGGAAGCUAAGGAAGGUUUAAUCAAAACACUAGGCAUGCUACUUUCAAGCAAAGAGGAUGAGUUACGAGCUCUCGAAGAGACUAGCGUACGUCGAGUUCAAGAUGUGAUAAACAGCGGACGCGAGCUUGCCGAGAAAUCGCUUCAACAGAUUCGCACUCAUAUGGCUGAACUCAACGAGAAAAGUCAGGCCGAUGCUGAACGAAGCCACGAGAGUACAAGCUGGAUGCUUCGCAACUACUUGGAACAGGUGGAAAAACACGCGGAACAAACUAUCGCACAGAGCGCUGAACUACAGAAAUAUGCGGAGCUUUUUGAAAAUUUCGAGAAGACAAAAGUGCAACUGCAUGAAGCUAUGACUCAAUUGGCGCACUUAAAUCCACAGGAGCGCAAAUACCAACAGAGUCAGCAGCAGUGGCCAUCGCCAGGUGAACGUGGAGUCGACGAAUGCUGGCAUUUGUCUACCAAACCGAUUUGGUCUGAAACAUCGGUCUCGCAGACCAGGUCUGGAGAUGGCACAAUCAAUGGCAACGAUUAUAGCGACAAUAAUAACUUCGCAAAUACCAUGUGCGUUAGUGGAACUACUUGCGAUGGCAAAAUUACACCUACGCUUGAUGGACGCAUGCAUACCGACGAAACCUUCCGCUUCGAUACAGUUGAAUCUUCAGCAGUGCCACGGUCGGGACUGUCGCAGCACAAUCUAACAAAUCAAUUAGGAAGUGUAAAUAAUGUUGGAGUUCAAACAUUGUCGGGUGGACAUCAAUCCCAAACCUUAUCCCACGCCAAUAUCACUACCAGUGUAGGUAUGCAGACGUCAAUGCAUGGUGUUUCGCAAUCUACAAAUACCUGCCCGACCUUCGCACCCAGCCGGGUUUGUUCCGACUUGAAUCGUGACGCCAUGGGUCAAACAGUUAACAGUAUAAAUCAUGCAAUAACCGACAGGAUGCAAACGACACCGACUUAUCCGUACGGUUUAAACAAUCAUUUUUUGGCGCUUGGACGAUUUCCAGAGCCCUACAGAGGACCCACUCAAACAUCGCCUGCCCCAGCCCGGGAUACGUCUUCGUUUCCGAGUCAAGGCACGUUGUCGACUUCGAGUCGCACGGAGGGACAUCGUUGGCCAUCAAUGGACUCCACAAACAGCCAAACCUCGAUUCCAUCUCUGUUCUAUAAUUCGCGAGUGCCAGAGGGAACUACCUUUGAAGAAGAACAGCUGCUUCAGCAACGCCGAAGACGACAGCAACACCAGUUGUCACUUCAUGAUUCCGAGACCUCUUCGUUUGAACUAGCUUCUCAUUCCCAUCAGGAGAGCUAGUGAACAUGAGUGGACUUGUGAUCUUAAUUAACACUUUUAUAGCCGAUGUAUUUCAAAUCUUACCUCUCGUAGAUCUUACUACCACUAUUAUAGCUUCAGAACAAAUACGACGCAUCCUCUUUAUAAACAUAGUACUUGCGUGAAGUAGAUGGGAGCAUUCGGUGAUAUGACAAGUGGUCGGUGUUCAUAGAUAUAGAUAGACUCAUGAAUAAAUAUAUUUCAC